CAAAGAGACGCCAUUUCAGCUCAAAAUCCCUAAAUAAUUUAAUUUCACACAACAUAUUCUAAAAUUCUUAUUCAAUUUAUUCAAAUCCUUCUUUUCUUGAUUAGAUGGGCGACAAUCAAAUGAAUCCCAAGUCCGAUUUGGUUGAAGACGGAGCUCCAGGAUCCGGUCUCCCGAAUCCUCCUCCUCCGCCGGAUGUUAUGGGAACUGAAGAUUGCGGAGAUCAUUCUAAAUCACUACCCGUUGUUGUCUUUGAGAGUAAAAGAGUUGUUGAAUCUAGAGAUGACGAUACUCAGUUAUCUAGAGAAGUUAAUAAGUACGAACAAAAUAUGGAUUCAAAGGCUGCAAAGAAAAAUAUGGGAAAAUACUUCUAUUAUGACUCCCCACAUUACGAAGAUACUGGGAUAUGGAUACCUGUUUCUGUUCCACCAAUGAUGGAAGGCGAUAAUGAAGAGUGGGCAAGGGAGUUUCAUGCAAAUGGGGGUUACUUACCAGAAGGUGACAUGGGGUGGAGCCAAUGCCUUAAGGAAGAUAAGGAGUUGACCAUGUGGGAUGUUAUAGCGGAGAUGUUACUGGUGGCUCGUGGAAAAGUAAGUGCUAUCGCUAAGGGUGAUAUUCAUCGAUGUAACUUUUCAUGGAUAUCAAGCCAUUUACUUGAGCAAGCUUGGCAAGAGAUGGCUCAAACUCUCACUGAGGCCAAUUUUGGUAAUGUAAGUGAACUUCUUGAAGCAGAGCCACCAAAAUGGAUGGCUGAUAGUACUGCUUCUUCUUGUAUGCUGUGUGGUGUGCGGUUUCAUCCUAUUAUGUGCUCCAGGCAUCACUGCCGGUUUUGUGGAGGAAUAUUUUGUGGUGAGUGUUCUAAAGGAAGGAGUUUGUUGCCUGUAAAGUUUCGAGUUUCUGAUCCCCAGCGUGUCUGUGAUGUGUGUUGUGUGCGACUUGAGUCCAUCCAACCAUACUUGAUGAACGAAGUAAGUAAUGCUGCUCAGUUGCCAACCCAUGACCUGACAGACCUCAGUACAUUGAGAUCCUGGGUUAAUUUUCCAUGGGGGCAGUCCAUGGAAUAUGAGAUUUACAAGGCAACAAACACAAUUCGAGGUUAUACUAAGGUUGGUUAUCUAAAGCCUGAGAAAUCAAUUCCAGAUGUUAUUUUACGGCAAGCAAAGGGCCUUGCAAUGGUAUCUAUCGCAAAAGUUGGGAUGAUGGUUACCUACAAUAUUGGAACAGGCCUUGUAAUUGCUCGUAGGGAAGAUGAAUCAUGGUCUCCACCAUCUGCCAUUUCUUCAUUUGGUGUAGGAUGGGGAGCUCAGGCUGGAGGAGAAUUGACAGACUUCAUAAUUGUUUUGAGAACAACUGAGGCUGUGAAGACAUUUACGGGUAAUGCGCAUCUCUCUCUUGGAGCUGGCUUGAGUGCAGCAGUUGGCACAAUAGGACGGGCAGUUGAAGCUGAUGUACGGGCUGGUGACGGUGGUUAUGCUGCUUGCUAUACAUACAGUUGCAGUAAAGGUGCAUACAUUGGGUGUUCAUUGGGAGGAAGUAUUUUUACCACUCGUGCACGAGAGAAUUCCCGGUUUUACGGCAGUCAAUCCAUAACCGCAUCUGAUAUACUUCUGGGAUCAAUGCCAAUGCCACCUGCCGCUGCUAUUCUCUACCGGGCACUUGAAGAUCUAUAUCAGAACUUUGAGCAUUAGUUACAUUGGAGUCGGAAUGAAAUUAUUUGCCUGUAUAUAGGGAAAGAAGUAAAAAGAGAAGGCAGAGUCCUGGGCGUAUGAGACGUUUUGUGGUGAAAGCGUCUCGUGUGCGUGAUAGAUUUUUAGCCACGAUUUGUUGGGUUUGUAAAUACUUUAUAUUCAAGUGUACAGUAUGUUCACAUGAAUUGAUUAAUUGUAAAGCAACGUGGUUAUCGUUCUUUAUUAGAAGACAAGUUAAAAAAUUAUGAAUAAA